UCAAUUCUGCAAGCAGUUCUAAUUUACUAUCGCUGUUCUCUAGCUGGUCUAAAACCGCUUUUGACCUAAAGGGACGCUUUUUGGACUCCAUGGACGUUUCUCAGUUUCCAGGCAGAAAGAACAGUAAAAAUGCAGGCAGGGCACAGGACAAAGCACUAGGGACAAUAUGUAUGUGAAAUGGUUUGAUACAGUAAUGUCUUACUAUGUGAUUUUAGUGAAAUUUUCAAAUUUCCCAGCGUUCCGUCCCCGUACAUCCCGACAUCACAGGGAACGGAACCCAGAAGACGGAUGCCGGCAUCGGCCAGAGGACAUUGCCGGGGACACUGCAGGAGGGACA